GCACCCCGCGGGCCGCGUGGUAGUGGUAGAGAGAGGCGGCGAGAAAUCGAGAGUAUCCCAUCGAUUCGAGGUGGGGAAGAACCGAAACGCAGCCGGCGUUCAAACCUCGAGAAAACCCUAAUCCCCUCCCCCAGCCCAGCCCAGCCCCGCGUCCCUCCGCCAUGGCCCCGAAGCGCCCGGCCGCCGCGUCGGGCUCGGCCUCCGAGGCCUCCGACGGCGAGGCGGCCCGCCGCCGCUCGCGCUCCCCUUCGCGGAGCGCCUCCCUGUCGCGCUCCCGCUCCCGCUCCCGCUCCCGAUCCAAGACCCCGCCCUCCAGCGUCCACCCCAACGCCGUCGUGCUAUCCUCCAACCCCGCCGCCGUCGACUUCGCGGCCGCGUCCGACUCCGAGGCCGGCGCCGACGCCCGCCUCGCCUCCCCGAGGCGCAGCCGCGAGCGCUCCCCGCGCCUCCACUCCGACUCCGACAACUCCGCCGCGGCCGCUGAGGCGGCCGUGGCCGCCGCGUCCGACGACGGCGACGACGAGGACAACGCCACACCGCCCCCUCGCUCCCGCCGCUCCACCCGCGUCGAGGCCGCCAGCGUCAAGCCUAUCAGCUCCCGCCCAAUGGACGGGUCACGCCGCCCGGCUGCAGCCUCAUCCCAGUCCCAGAGGCGCUCCAAGCGGCCCCGCAGCGCCCCCUCCCAUCACUCCCCGGAGCAGCAGAAGCGCCAGCCGCGGGUUUGGAACCCAGAAGACGAGGUCACCAUCCUGCGUGCCCUCAUCUCCUACCGUGCCAAGAACGGCGCGCUCCCCGCGUCCUCUCAGGACACCGGCAAGCUACACAAUAUGAUUCGCGGGCAGCUUACUGUUAAGGCAUCUACCACCCAGCUUAGUGAUAAGGUCCGGCGGCUCAAACAUAAGUACAAUUUGAUCUUGACUCGUGUUACCAAGAAUGGGCGGGAUCCAGACUUGCCAACAGCCCAUGACCGUGAAGUUUAUGAACUUAGCAGGAAAGUUUGGGGUUCAAAGACCAGUGGUGCUGGUGCUGGUAGUGCAGGUGGAGGUGGCCGUGUAUAUGAGAAUGCUGAGGUUGCAGGUAGCGAUGAAGAGCAAGGGAGCAGAGAGAGUGAUGAGGACAUGGAGAGUGGGUGGGAUGACCGUGAUCACAGGAACAAGAGAAUGAAGGCAAUUACUGUUGCAAAUGGGAAUGGGAGUGCCAUUGCGAUUGGGGGUAGGAGUGCCCAUGGCAAUGGCAGCAGGAAGGGUGAUGUUGCUGAGAACGAGAAGGACAUGUACCCAUACCUUUGGGAGGCUGUUGAGGAGCUGUCCAAGGAGCACCCGAGUGGGACUGCGUUUAGGAAGGCUUUUGGUGUGCUUGAUGGUUCAAGGGCACGGGCAAUGGAGGAGAAGCUGAACAGGUUUAGGCUCUCGGAGAUAAGGCAGCAGCUGCGCCGGAUGGACUUGAUGAAAGAGACAAUCAAGAUGGUGCUUGAUGCACUGGAGGGCACUGAUUGAUUAGACUGCAAUUGACAUACUUUUGGGUUUUGGAGGACAUUGUCUGGUGAGAAUGCCGCUUAAAAAGGUGAUCAGUGUUGCUGGUGCCUAGGGUAGUCUAAUUCUGAUGUUAUGGAUAUAGAUCUUUGGUUAUGUUAACUUUUGUGGACAAGGACAUAGUUGCCUCAAUCAAAAUUAGAUCUGUUGAAGCUUAUGAGCCAUCUAUUAUAUCUUUGCUAUGAAUGCUUACAUU